GGUCCUCCUCCUCCUCCUCCUCCUCCUCGCUCUCUCGCUCUUUCUUCCUCCCCGCUCUCUCUUCCUCUUCCUCUCCCCGGUCAUGGUGGACUCUCCCGGCGCAAUGAAGAAGAGCCUCCCGGUUCCGGAGCUCCAGCCUCUGGACCAGUACGACCACAGCCGGGCGAAGACCUCCGCCAGUGUCCGCUGGCUGCUGAACAAAGCGUACGGAUCUGCAGAGAAUGUGCCGGUGGAGUUGCGGGAGCCAUUUUACCGGGACCAGUAUGAGCAGAAGCACCUGAAGCCGGCGCUGGUCCAGCUGCUGGCUUCCCCGGAGAUAUACUGCCGGGCCCGGGCGCUGCAGCUGGCGUCGCAGGGGGUCUCCCAGCCGGCGGCGCAGGGGCAGGCAGAUAACGGCGCCCUGCUGCAGCUGCUCGUUAAGAAGGGCUUUGGCCCUAAGGUCCAGGAUGUAGACGUGACCGAGGACGACCUCAGCGCCGUGCCAAUCAACACGAAGGCCCACCUGGCUCUGAUUGACGGCCUGAUGUCGCUGGCUGCUAACGAGGCAGUGGGUAGGGUGAAGAUGGCGGCGGAGGCGGAGCUAACGGGCGCUGGCGCUCCGUGGGAGAACGCCCUGCUGUUCUGGGUCAACAGGCUGAACCAGAAGUUGAGAGAAACCACUGAAGAAGAGGAGCCCAGCAAGACAUGCACCGACCUGCAGACUGCUCAGGACUCGUGUCAAUCCAACCGUUGGUACUGGAAGCUUGUCCCCAUCCGCUACAGGAAGGACCGGGUUCAGUCCAAGCUGACGCCCACCUUCCCGCUGGUGACCGGAGUCAAAGACCUGUCCAACGGCUGCGCCAUUGCUGCAGCGCUGCACUACUACUGCCCCCAGCUGCUGCCUUUAGAGGAUGUGUGUCUGAAGGACACCAUGUCGCUGGCCGACAGUCUCUACAACCUGCAGCUGAUCAGAGAGUUCUGUGAGAGCAGUCUGCAGAGCUGCUGCCCACUGGCUGUGGAGGACAUGCUGUACGCCCCCCCCACCCUGCACCUGAACAUCAUGAGCUUCAUAGCCGAGCUGCUGGACUGGUUCGAGGUGAAGAAGCCUGAAUUUGUGCAGCCCGUUCAACCCAUCGACCUCACAGAUGUCUCCAGGUUGCUGGACUGCACCAGUCCUGUGGGCGGAAACAGCAACAGUGGUUCUCCUGCUUUCAUCUUCAAACAACCCUUUGUGCCCAUCAGCUCCCCAGUGUCCCCAGAAAACAAAAGUUGGACAAAGAAACAAAUCAGCCGUCCUCUGUCGGCGGUGACGUUCAGCAUCCCAUUCGGGCUGGACAGUGAUGUCGACAUUGUGAUGGGAAACCCGAUCGAUGCUGUCUUUCGCUCCAUCAGCUCGGACAGCCUCUCCGCUGGCAUCCCUGCCAUGACCUCCUCUGUGAAGCCUUGUGUCCCGUACAGCCCGUCGGAGGACCUGAGCCAACUGGUCAGCACUUCAGCCCCAUCGCAGCGCUCGUCCUGGGGCCCGUACGCCCAUACAACGCCCCUGGGAGAGCUACCCACCAUCGAGGAGGCCCUGCAGGUGGUGCAGACCCCCAAGAAGGGAAGGACACCAGAGAAAAGUGGAAAAGGAGUGUUGGGAUCGAGACCCGAGCCUAGGUUACGUCCCGAAGGAGCCCCUGCAGGUUUCUUCCUGCACUCCCCCGAGGAGGAUCAGCUCAGCAGCUCCGCUCCCUGUCGCUCCGGAGUCCUCCACCGGCCAAUCGGUGGGGAAGUGGGAGGCAAUGAAAGAAGAGGAAGAGGAGAGACGAAGGAGAGGGCAGGACGGACCUCUGAUAUGUCCCGUGAUGACGACUCUGUUCUGCGGGACGGCAGCAUGGACUCUUCUGAAGCAUCGGAUGAUACGCCCAGAAACGCCCCGGGUAACAUGCGACCCGGCAGCGGGCGCCAGGGAAACAGCAACAGUCCACGCAUGACCAGCUUUGCAGAGCGACGGGACCACAGAAGAAGACAUCCUGCUGCUGCUGGAGGGGAGUCGGCCUCUGCUCCGACAACCCCAGGGACUCCUCAUACGCCCUCCACCCCAGCAGGGGAACCUGGACACCAGGACAGCCCCGGCUUCAGAGGUCCUGAACCAGUCUCUGAGGCCUGGGAGUUAGGCGCUCGCCUGGAGGAAAAACGCAAAAGCAUCGAAGCCCAAAAAAGACGCAUCGAAGCCAUCUUUGCCAAGCACAGACAGAGGCUCGGAAAAACUGCCUUUUUGCAACUGAAAAGAGAGCAAGGAGAGGGGGGAGGGGCGGGAGCUGAGGAGGCUAAUCUCACCCUGGAGGAGAGCCUCACUUGCAUGGAGGCGCAACUGAAACAGGAGGAGGAGAGGGAAGAGAAGGAGAAAGAGAAGCCAUCUGUUACCAACCCUCCCCGGUUUGAGAAGCAGGUCACAUUCUCCAUUGAAAGUAAGACAUUUCAAGAGAAGGUGGGAGAGGCUGCCUUCGUGGAGUGCAACGAGGUGGUACAGAAGCUGAGUGAAGCUCUGCAGUCUCUACAGAAGGACAUGCAGAAACUCACAGAUCAGCAGCAGCAGCUCAUGAGCAACCAAAGACCCACAAACACAUCCAGAACCGCUUCAAAAUCCACACCUAGAAGUACCGCCAAAACACCCCCUCACACCCCGACAAAGACACCUCCAAGAACCCCAACCAAGUCUUCUUCGAGGAGCAUCAGCAAAGCCUGGAUGAUCCCUGCUCUCGGUGCUGCCAACUCCCCGUCCCGGCGCUCUCACCUUCCACCCUCCUCCGCCUCCCCAAAGACUAUCAUCUCGUCCUCCUGCCCGACUCCUCGCACAAAGAUCCAGUCCUCCUCGACUCACCGCAGCCCGAAGCACCAUCCUCGUGCCCAAAAUCCUCCUCACCCAAGACCCUCCGAACUCAAGUUUCCCACAUACAACCGGGCCUUGGCACCGACACACAACGUGGACACCCUCCCCCAUUUGAGGCGGGUUUCCCCCAGCAAGUAUCAGGACCAGUCGUCCUCUUCCUUCCGAAUCGGUGGGCCUCGGACUCCUGAAGACUCUCUGCACGGUGUCCAGCAACCGCAAGCUGAUGGAAAUACCUCGGACACGGCCUCCAGUGAGACCCCGACUCAGUUCAGCAUGGACCUGGAGGACAUGGAGGCUGUGGGAGGGCUGCCGGUCUUACCUCGACAUGAUCGGCAGACAGGUCGAAGCAGCUCCGGGGCGCCCUCCGAGUGCUCCUUUGAGAGCGAGUCUUUGUCUCUUUCUGCUGCUUUAGGUGCAGAAGGUGCAGGGAAAAGAUGCAGCAUGAUCGAGGUGUCGCUGUCCUCUGUUGGAGGGCCGGAGGGGGGCAGCGACGUACCAACGGAUGAAGGGCAGGAGUUUUCUUCAGAUUCUAUGAGCGACCACACAGAGUCUGGGGUGGAUCCUGCAGGUGGACUCGCUGCUGACCCUCUGGACCCCGUAGAGCAGCCGGACCUGGCAGCAGGAGGUGGUUGUUUGCCCGAACAGGAAGCUGAAUCCGAAGCACAACGGACGGAACCUUUGGAAGAAAGUCUGGAGCAAAACGAGCCCGGGCCAAGAGGAGGGAUCGGAUUCUUCUUUCAGGGGGAGGUGCACAGUGAGGAGGAGAUGGCCCAGCGCAGAGCUCUGCUCCUGGAGAAACAGCAGAGGAGAGCUGAGGAGCUGAGGAAGAGGAGGCAGGUGAACGAGCAGGAGAGGGAGAACAGACCCUGCUCCACCCCCCCUGCAGGCCACACCUCCCCCUCCCCCACUCCUCCCGAUACACCUUUCAGGCGGGGAACCUUCACGAGACUGGAGUACGAGCGGCGGCACCAACUCAAGAUCAUGGACAACUUCGACAAAAGGCUCCAGGAGAAACUCAGCAGUCAGGGACACUCCUCCGCCAAGAAGACCCGGUCCCGUCCUCGCAGUAUGACCCGCGAGGAGACCAAGCUGUCCCUGAGUCCCGCCAAGGGAACCGCCGGCGCUAAGUUGACCAAAGUCCACUCGAACCCCUCCCUUAACCUGACGGUGCUGGACGAGCCCGGGAACAGAACCCCCCCUAAGAAAGCCCUGAGCAGUCGCCCAGACUCCCCGUUAGUCUGUGUGACCCCGACUAAACUGGUGAAUCAGAACGGAGAGAAGGACGGUGAGGCCCCGGCAGCCCCCGAGUACACCGGUCCCAAACUGUUCAAGGAGCCGAGCUUCAAGUCCAACAAGUUCAUCAUCCACAACGCUCUGUCGCGCUGUUGCCUCGCGGGGAAGGUCAACGAGACUCAGAAGAACAAGACCGUGGAGGAGAUGGAGAAGAGUCCCGCCCACCACUUCCUGAUCCUCUUCCGGGACUCCAGCUGUCAGUUCCGGGGCGUUUACACCCUGAACCCGGACUCUCAGGAGCUGGUGCGGCUGAGCGGCGUUGGCCCGCGCUCCGUCAGCUCCGCCCAGGUGGAGUCCAUCUACAAGUACAGCUCGGACAGGAAGCAGUUCAGCGCCAUCCCCUCCAAGACCAUGGGCAUGAGCGUGGACGCCUUCACCAUCCCCGGCAGCCUCUGGCAUGCAGGAGGUGCAGCAGGAGGAGCAGUAGGAGGAGGUGCAGCAGGAGGAGGAGGAGGCAGCCGCAGGGCCAGCAUCACCAAGAAGGCCAUCAUCUCCAAGUGAGACUCGGACGAAGUUUAGAGAAGACUGUUUCCAGUUUAUUUCAGGUGAGGCUUCAGAGAGCUGCAGCGUCUGGAUGAGAUUAUUCUGAGGAAAUGUUCUGGACCCGAGCGAUCAUCUCUGAAAUAUUAUUCACAUUAUAAUUCAGAAAUAUAUUAACCAGGAGGAUUAGGGUUACCUGUGGAAACAUCUUGAGAUCUGACCACCCACACACAACGUGGACACCCUCCCCCAUUUGUGGCGGGUCUCCCCAGCAAGUAUCAGGACCAGUCGUCCUCUUCCUUCCCAAUCGGCGGGCCUUGGACUCCUGAAGACUCUCCAAAGGGUCCAGCAGCCGCAACUCGAUCGAAACACCUCAGACACGGCUGGAUUCUCCAAAACUGAAUUCUGUGAAAAAUUUGAGAAAUCUUUUCUGAAAUCGAGGAGAAAAAUCUAAAUUCUGAGAAAAAGGACUGAAUUUAUGUCAGAAUUUUGCCGAAAAAGUUUGUGAAAAAAAUCUAAAAUUUAGAAAAAAUCGAAAAUUUAGAAAAAAAUCUAAAUUCCGACUCUUUUCUGUUGGUCCGAUCUUCACGUGACCCUGAUCCUCUUCCGUAUCUCGAGGAGCGUGCUGUGAUUGUAUUUUCAGUCUGUUCACAGUCUCUGAUGUGUUCACAUGUUUUUACCAAAUAUCGCCCUCACUGCGAUCAGGAUGUUGCACUUUGGAUAAAUCUGGAUGAUUGUGCAUACUUUGGAUUUACUAGAAAUACAAAAUGCUAUAAAAAUCAUUUGUACCCCCCCCCUUAUUAAAGUGUAUGAACAGCACAGCUUCUCCUGCUGAACCUAGCAGAGGAAUGUUUUGUAAUAUCCCCCCCCCCCCUCCUGAGUUUCAUACAUCCAGACAGACAACAGGAAAGGCCUUCUCGUGUUUGAUUUUGUAGGAUCAAAGCACACUAUGUCGUUGAAGGAUAGCCAUAAGCGUCCGAUGCCGGAGAAGGACUGCUUCUUAGCCAUUCAAACACUGACACCAUGUGAUCAUACUUCAUCACAAUGCCUGCACUCCCUGCCGGGACGGGGUCUCAUCACAAGGUGGUCCAGGCCCCCGAUGCGUCAGAGGGACAUUUUAACUGCCAGAAACAUGCUGCAUGCUGGGUAGUUAUUCUGUGGGAGGGUUGGAGUUAUAGACGGCUGGUUUGCAUCAAUCUGUUAACAAGCUAACCAAGCUAGCCAGCGACCGACCAGCAGCUCCUUCCUUCUGUGGGGGGGAAUAUUCUCUGGUGGGCUCAGGAGAGCUGUAGUGCCGUCGGGCUGGCAUUACACUAAACAUAGUGUACAUUAAAUCUGGUAUGGACAUUUCUUGGUGUCUACAGCUGCUAGACACACCUUUAGUGAGACAACAGAAGGAAGGGAAUACAUGGUCGUUUUUAUGGAGGCAGGGUGAAGGAAGGUGUUGACCCCCCCUCCCGGCAGCAGAGCGCUCCCAGUUAGAAAGACGUGUUUCAGACCAGCAUUCCUGUGUGAAA